UCGCGCCACAACGCGAACUAGAAGUGGUAGAACUCUUAUUUAACAUGGUCGACGAGCCGGCCAGUGCUCAGUCGACCGCCGAGAGUAUAUUAGACUUAUUCGCAUUCUCUCUCUCUUUCUCUUUCUCUCGAUAUCCCUCAUCGUCGAUAUCUUUUCAAGCUUCAAGGAGAAAGUAGUCAAAGAGAGAAGGUUACUCAGUGAUCAACAAAAUAAAUCAAUUCGAUGGUGUGUCAAUUAAAAAGAUUUUCUUCCGAAGCAGCAUGAUGAUCGUCUGGACGAUAUCUCUUGGACUUCUUCUUUUGAUCAAAUUCUCUGAUGGAUCUCAAGACUUCAGUUACGAUGGAAAUCAUGGUCCGUCGCACUGGCCCAUCGAUUAUCAGUCCUGUGUUGGGAAACAUCAAUCACCCAUUAACAUAGAGGAACACAAUGUAAAAAACAUCAACCUACCUCCAUUACGUUUUGAAAAAUUGGACCUCCCACGUUCCUCCUUCAUAACGAAUAACGGACAUACAGUGAUGAUCAAGACAAACGAGUCAGAAGCAGCUGUCGUUUCCGGUGGACCUCUUCGUGAUAAUUACAUUUUCGAACAACUUCACUUUCAUUGGGGUGAGAAUGAUUCUGAAGGGUCCGAAGAUUACAUCAAUAAUCAUUCGUUCGCUAUGGAACUCCAUGCUGUCUUCUAUAAACAGAGUUAUAAGUCGAUGACCGAAGCGGUCAACCAUCCGGAUGGACUUGCCGUCUUUGCAUAUUUCUACGAGGCAGCCGAUAAAGAGAAUCCAACAUACAAGCCUAUAGUUGAAGUAUUACCCAAAGUAGAAACAGUUGGUAGCAAGCAUGAACUAAAGGAGCCAUUAUUAUUGGAACAUUUAUUAAUACCAAAUAUGUCAACCAUGCAAAAUUAUUUUACGUAUAAUGGCUCUUUGACAACUCCACCUUGUUCAGAAGUCGUUACGUGGGUCGAUUUUAAAAAUCCUCAAUUAUUAUCGCAUGAUCAGGUAUAUCGAAUUCUUUUCAUAGUUAUUAUUGGUUCUCUUUUCUUUACUUAUUCUUAUACUCUUGAAGGAUUAUAUACUCUUAACGGUACAAGGGUAUUAAAUAGUAUAAAAAUGAGAUUUAAAUUUCAGUUGGCUGCGUUUCGUAAUCUUCGCACAUCCGAUGGUAACAAACUAACGCAUAAUUUCCGACCGGUACAACCUUUAUCCGAUCGACUGGUUUAUCAUAAUGUUUUUAAUAUAGACAACGAUGUACCACUAGAAAAUAAUUUAAACAACAAUGAAGAUGCAGGAGAUAAAUACAACGGUGGACUUUCGAUACGUAGCAGCGCUACUAUGUCGAUUCUCUUUGUUGUUUCAACAGUUUUAGUAACUAUCUAAAGAUAAACAAAUAUGUAUGUCUAGUCAAGCGUGUAAUAAUCGCACUUCUUCGGUUUUACAGAGAAGAUUAUUUUAUAGAAUUACAAUUAUAUAAAUUAUUUUAUUCGGAUGAUUAUCUCGUUGUCAUUAAAAUGCAAUGUGUGAUUUUUGAUAUUUGUUCUAAUAACUCUGACGGUAUAUAUAUAUAUAUUUUUUUUUUUAUAACUUGAACGUUUAUCUAUGCAAUCAAUUGUGCACGCGAUAUGUAUGCUUUUAUGUUUUCAUCAUUUUUAUACACAGCAUCCAUAUUUUGCGGCAAUUACAUUUAUAAAAUAAAAUAAAAUUGCUUCUUUUUAA